CCCAGUGCCCAGCGCCCCCAGCCCGUCCAGGCGGAGUCCGCCCGCGCUCCUCCCGCCACGCUCCGGGCUCGGAGGUCCGGACUCCGGGUUCGCCGCUCCGGGGCCGGCUUCGCGCCCCGCACCUCGGCGCCCCACGCCCCCGCGGGCGGAGCGCACCAUGCCGCAGCUGGACUCCGGCGGGGGCGGCGCGGGCGGCGGCGACGACCUCGGCGCGCCCGACGAGCUGCUGGCCUUCCAAGACGAAGGCGAGGAGCAGGACAAGAGCCGCGACAGCGCCGCGGGCCCCGAGCGCGACCUGGCCGAGCUCAAGUCGUCGCUGGUCAAUGAGUCCGAGGGCGCGGCGGGCGGCGCGGGGGUCCCGGGGACCGGCGCCGGCGGCGAGGCCGAGGUCGGGGCCGAGGCCCUCGGGCGGGAACACAGUUCGCAGAGACUUUUCCCCGACAAACUUCCAGAAGCUCUGGAGGACGGCCUGAAGGCCCCGGAGUGCGCUAGCAGCAUGUACAAAGACACCGUCUACUCCGCCUUCAAUCUGCUCAUGCACUACCCGCCCCCGUCGGGAGCAGGGCAGCACCCCCAGCCGCAGCCCCCACUGCACAACAAGGCCAGUCAGCCUGCCCAUGGCGUCCCCCAACUCUCUCCUCUCUAUGAACAUUUCAGCAGUCCACACCCCACACCUGCACCGGCCGACAUCAACCAGAAGCAAGUUCACAGGCCUCUGCAGACCUCUGACCUCUCUGGCUUCUACUCUCUGACCUCAGGCAGCAUGGGACAGCUCCCCCACACUGUGAGCUGGCCCAGCCCUCCUCUCUAUCCCCUGUCCCCUUCCUGCGGAUAUAGACAGCACUUCCCUGCCCCCACUGCAGCCCCUGGCGCCCCCUAUCCCAGGUUCACCCACCCAUCCCUGAUGCUAGGUUCCAGCGUACCUGGUCACCCAGCAGCCAUUCCCCACCCGGCCAUUGUGCCCCCCUCAGGGAAGCAGGAACUGCAGCCCUAUGAUCGAAGCCUGAAGACGCAGGCAGAAUCCAAAGCAGAGAAGGAGGCCAAGAAACCAACCAUCAAGAAGCCACUCAAUGCCUUCAUGCUGUACAUGAAGGAGAUGAGAGCCAAGGUUAUUGCAGAAUGCACACUCAAGGAGAGUGCUGCCAUCAAUCAGAUCCUGGGCCGCAGGUGGCACGCACUGUCACGGGAAGAGCAGGCCAAGUAUUACGAGCUGGCCCGCAAGGAGAGGCAGCUGCACAUGCAGCUUUACCCAGGCUGGUCAGCGCGGGACAAUUACGGGAAGAAGAAGAGGCGAUCCAGAGAAAAGCACCAAGAAUCCAACACAGAUAACUCUCUUCACUAUUCCUAGGAGGAAAAAGAAAUGCAUUCGGUACUUACCCGGAGAAGGCCGCUGCCCCAGCCCCUUUCCUUCCGAUGACAGUACUCUAGGCUGCUCCGGGUCCCCAGCCCCUCAGGACUCACCCUCAUACC